UUAGCCGAAGGAGUUGCUAUAACGUGUGACGGUUGGUCAUCAAGAGCUACUGAAUCCUACAUGACCAUAACGGCGCAUCACAUCACGGAUGAAUGGCAGCUUUUAGCUCAUGUUCUUCAAACCAGGGCGAUGCAUGAGAGUCAUACCGGGGCUAAUGUGGCUGAGGUGCUGAAAACGGCAACCGAAGAGUGGGGCAUCUCUAACAAGCCGAUUGUUUUGGUAACGGACAAUGCGUCCAACAUGGUAGUGGCUGCGCAGGUCGGGGGCUACCUUCACGUGAAAUGUUUUGCCCAUACCCUCAACCUCGCCUCACAGCGCGCACUUAAGCUGCCUGCUGUCGCUAGGUUACUGGGAAGAGUCCGGAGAAUAACCACUUUUUUCCACCGCAGUACAAUCGCCAACUCCAUGUUGCAACAAAAACAAAAGCUCCUGGACCUCCCCACUCACAAGCUUAAGACCGAUGUUGUGACCCGUUGGAACAGUGGCUACGAAAUGCUUCAGCGUUUCUUGGAACAACAACCAGCGAUCUGUGCUGCUCUGUUGUCCUCUGACGUCAGGCGGUCAGGAAGUGAUAUUUGCACCCUCAACGAAAAUGACAUUACAGACGCUGAGGACAUAAUGCAGGCACUCGACCGAUGUUUGUAGCCACGAAAAUAGUUUCAGAGGAGAAGAAUCCCACUUUGUCCAUCAUUGCUCCAGUGCAUGCAAAGCUGCUAAAUGACACACAUCAGGCAAUGGGGGACAAACCAAUUGUGAGGGACAUCAAACAGGCAAUAAAUCAAGAUCUGCAGAAGAGAUAUAGCACUGUUGAGGAGAAAAACACCCUCCACACAGCAUCGGCCCUGGAUCCACGAUUUAAGUCACUGCCUUUCCUGACCACAGAUGACAUCAGUGCCACAUAUUCCAAACUGGUUGUGGAGGCAGCCAGCCUUCAGCCCACUAUUAGGCAAGAAGAGACCAGCAGUGCCUCUGGAAUAGAAAUGGAUGGACAGGAUCUUGAGGUGCUUGAGGAGCCACAACCUAAAAGAAGAUCUGGGCUAGCUGAUUUACUGGGAGAAACAUUUUCUACCACAGCCCCACUAAAGUCAGCAUUUUCCCAAGCUGAAGAGGAAGUGAAGAGAUACCAGGAGGCUUCUCCACUGCCACUUGAAGAAAACCCUCUCAACUGGUGGAAAGCUCAUGAGAAAAUGUAUCCUUUCCUGGCCAAACUCGCCAAAAGAUACCUGAGCAUUCCAGUGUGCACAAGUGUGUCUGCUGAAAGGGUGUUCUCCACUGCAGGGGAUAUAGUCACAGCCCAGAGGAGCACUUUAACAUCUGAGCAUGUUGACCAACUGCUUUUUCUGAGCAAAAAUGCCAACAUUCCAAAAUGAAUUUAACAUUUUGGUUCAUGACCUUGCAGCCAACUAGACUGGACUCUAGCA